AUGAGGCAAUUAAAACAUCUCAAGACGUUAAGCUUGUUUGUGAUAAGCGAGGGAAUAGAUCAUUGCCAACUAGAUGAAUUAAAAGAAUUGGAUAUCGGCGGAUCAUUGAAAAUUAAGAACCUUGGAAGAGUUAGCGAUGCAUCUAUUGCAAAAGGGGUAAGUAUGGCUAAAAUGUCAAAUAUCAGUAAGUUGGAGUUGGAAUGGAGCAACGAAGUUGAUGAUAAUCGGACCAAGACUAGACAUGAGAAAAUAUGUGAAGCUCUGGAGGUUUCAACUGCAAGGCUGAAGAUAUUGAGAAUGAGUGGUUACAAAGGUGUGAAUCUCCCUAAAUGGGUGGAAAAGUCAUAUCCUUCUCUAACACACCUUCAACUUGUGGGCUUGGUCAACGUGAAGACUAUUUCUAGUAGCAAUGACAAUGAAAAGAUAGUACUAUUCCCUUUGUUGGAGGAAUUUUCCAUUAGUAAGAUGAUGAAUUUGAGGGAAUUGGUGUCUCCUAGCUGUUGGAGUACCGGAGCAUUUUCUAAUCUAUGUGUGCUGAAGAUAUCUGAUUGCCCAAAGCUAGGGAGGUUGCCACCAUAUCUCAAAACACUCAAAGAUGUAAUUGUUAAGGGUGAUUGUUCGGAUGAAUUGUUAAAUAGCAUCUGGAAUCUUAAUGGUCUCACUCAUCUCCAACUUAUUGGAUUGAAUAAUCAUGUGGAAAACAUAUUUCCUGUCAACAUGAAUGGAAUUGAUGUAGUGUUAUUCCCUUUCUUAGAGGAACUUCAUAUUUCUGACAUGGAGAAUUUGAGGGAAUUGGUGUCUCCUACUAUUCCUAGUCCUGGACCAUUCCCAAAUUUAUCGAAGAUUGAGAUAUCUUUUUGCCCAAACCUACAGGCCUUGCCCUCGCAUCUCAAAGCACUCAAACGUGUAACUGUUUAUGAUGAAUGUUCGGAUGAGUUAUUAUACAGCAUCUCAAAUCUUAGUGCUCUCACUCAUCUCUAUCUUGACCAUAUGUAUGAAAGAAGUGUUUUAUUUCCAGCUGCAUUAAUGAUUGAUGAUGUUGAUGAGAUAUCAUCCUCAACCCUCACAGACAAUAAGAAGCACAAUUUCCAAUCUCUUGAAUGUCUUUAUAUUAUUGGGUGCCCCAAGUUAAGGCGUUUGUUUGAUGAGGGAAUGAUAAUGCAAGAGACAUUAAAGAUUAGUGGCAGCAAGAACCAACACAACCAUCAUCUUCAAGGAAAAACAAAAGGAACAAGAUGUCUCAUCAGCUCUCUCACGCAAUUGGAUAUUUACGAGUGUCCCGAGUUGAUGAUAUCAUUUGAGGAAUUCGGAAACCUCAAUCUUAAUAAUUCACUGAAAAGGCUGUUUAUCAGGCGUUGUUCUAAGUUGGUGUCUUCAGAAGAUGCGGACUAUUUUAUUGCACUCCUGCAUUCCCUUCUAACCAGACUUGGUCGUGAGAACAUCAAUGUAGAUAUUCUAUUGGAAAAGAAAGACGGAAAACAGAGCAGAGCAUAG